UAUUCAGCAACAGAACAAAACCACAUUUCUCUCCUUUCACUUUAACCCAAAAUUGUAACAUGUAAGGUGUCACUUGCAUUCAGAUUGUAUUAUUUUUAUCAAAUUCAUUCAAAUUAGAUUUUCAUUUUCAGUCUUGAGUGACACUUUCAGUCCCGUGGAUGGUUGAAGGCAAUGCUGCUCUUCUUUGCUUUUCUCUCGUUGUCCUCUUGUUGUCUGAAGGGUGUGUUUGGUGAUGCGGAUGAUGUGAAGUCGGUGAUGGAGGGAGAUUCUGUUACUCUACAUGCUGAUCUCACUCACAUGCAGAAAGAUGAUCUGAUCGAGUGGAGCUAUAAAACUCGAAAGACUAUCAUAGUCAGAGUCAACCGAGAAGCCAAUAAAGUCUCAGUAUACGAUUAUGUUCAUGAUGGGAUGUUCAGAGACAGACUGCAGGUGGAUGAUCAGACUGGAUCUCUCACCAUCACAAACAUCACAACUCAACACUCUGGUCUUUAUCACAUCACCAUCAGCGGCAAACAGAAGACCUCAUACACAUUUAACGUUACUGUCUAUGCUUUUCUGCCCAUUCCUGUCAUCAGCAGUUACUGUUCACAGAAUCCACCUUCAUCUUCAGUGUCAAAAUGUGUGUUGUUGUGUUCAGUGAUGAAUGUGUCACAUGUGAGUCUCUCCUGGUAUAAUGAAAGUCAUGUACACUCCAGCAUCAGUGUGUCUGAUCUUAACAUCAGACUCUCUCUACCUCUGGAGGUGGAAUAUCAGGAUACAAACACAUACAGAUGUGUCAUCAACAACACAUUCACAAACCAAACACAACAUCUCAACAUCACUCAACACUGUCAGCCUUGUUCAGACUGUGUGUGCUGUUGUUCUAUUUCCGAAGCCGUCAUCCGAUUGGUCAUCUCUGCAGUGGUGGGCGUGGCUACAGUUGGUUUUCUUGUUUAUGAUGUCAAAUCUACCAGAGUUGAAAAGAGGAGGAGAGUUUAAACAUUACCAUCGAUCAUCACUGAUGAACUGUACAUUCUCACAUCUAAGAUGGUUAGGGCUUUGUUAUUUACUUACAUUUUCAGUAACAAAUAAAUUGGUGUUGAUGUUAAACAUGUUAAGUCACUUGUAACAUUUGCCUGGAUUGGCCAUCACAAGCUGGUUGCAUGGAUGCAUAUGACAACAUUUGACCAAUAGCAUCUUUUGGCUAAACACUAAGGUGUGGCAGAUUCUGGAUCAUAUGGUAGGAUAUAUAAAAUAACUGCUUGAAGUCUAAAUUCAACAUUCAAAUGAAUGAAAACAUACAGAACGCUUUUCUCAGAGGUGUCUUUGAGUAAUGCAGCCUAAAGGCUGGAAAAUCACAUGUUGAAUGAAAUCUUAAAAUACACAUAACAAUGUUUUAUUAUUGUGUUUGAUAAAAACAUGUUUUUAAAAAUAAAAGCUCUCUGAACAAUUAACCGUAACUGACUGCAUUGGGUUAAUAAAACAAACAAGCCAUUCACAGACGGGUAUUUACAAAAACAGUUAAUAUAUUUUUUGGGGUUUGUAAUAUUUUGUAACUAUCUUUUAUUGUUCAUUCGUUUGCGAUGGUUUGGCUUCAGAAUGUAGACUUUCUGUAUAUUUAUUACAGGCUUAGUGUUAUAUUUCUUAAGAGAACUUCUGAAAUUAAAUUAUAAUUUAUCAUGUGAUGCUGAUUUAUUAAUAUAAGCAUUAGGUGGCUGCUUCAUGCUAGCAAAUUUAAGAGUACUGCAUUGUGCUAUAGAAGGCAUAUUUAACAUGGAACCUGUGGUUAAAAUGUGUAUAAAAUGCAACCAGCCUGCCAAAAAUGGGGUCAAUGCACUUUUACAAUAAUACAAUCAUGGCUACAUUUACAUUUAUUCAUUUGGCAGACGUUAGAGAGCGCAUUAAAAAAAAAUAGACACGCUACGCAUUACUGUCAUCGUUCUUAAGGCCAGUGUAAGCGGUUUACACUUGAUGCGGACGGCAACUGGCAGCCAGUGAAGUGAAAUAAGGAGGCGUGUUGAAUGAAUGGGGCUUUCAAUUAUCCAUGGAAAAUAACUCAUAUUUGAUCCACAAAAAACAGGUAAAUCCCCUGGGUGGAUAUUAAUGGACAGGCACACAAGCAAGAGAGGGUUAAAAGGUACCUAGAGGUGGUUUGAUACUAAACUUUUAAAGUACAUAUAAAACAUAAUGGUAGAUAUAUAAGCAACUACUAAAAUCUUUAGCGGGGUAUAGUUGGAGUGCAUCAUGUACAUCAAUAAAGGAAUAUUCUCUUAUUUCGAUCCAUCUUGGAUUACGGAUGCAUAGUUUAUAAUUCAGCAGUAAACACUGGGCGGUUGGAGAGGGUGCAGGGCAUGGGCGGAUCUACAGGGGGGCAAGGGGGGCAGGUGCCCCCCACUCUAGAGCCUUGCUCCCCCCCAGCUGCCCCCCUAACUUUGAUGAUCAAAAAACUGUACUUACAAAAACAACCCACCACUAUGUCCAAUACAUUUACCAAAAGUGAACAAUUUAAUUUUUAAUUUUAAAUGUAUUAUUCGCCCCUCCCCCCUGCCCCUCAAAUACUAGUUACGUCCCUGAUUCAAACCUGCAGAGCGGCGUUCGCUAAAAACUUGUGGCUUUUUAGUAAAGCCCCGAAUAUUUUGUUAAAUUGUCUUUCUCACAAAGCAAAACAAUUCAUCAGAAAAACAAAUGUGAAUAAGAUUGCAGGCAGCGGCCUCGAUUAACUAAUCAUGAACAGUGCAUAUUACAUUUUUAUUUAUAUUUUUCCCUUUGCAUUAAAGGUACUUUUGACGUGCUUUUGCAACGUUGAGCAUUGUAGCCAAUCACAGACAUGUCUGUUGAUCACAUCGGCCAAUCAGAGGCGUUUAAAUGAGUCGCUGUGCUGAAGAUGUGUUUUGCGCGAGCUCACCGAGUUCACGUUCGCAAAGCUGUCAUUAUUAUUGGCAAUAAACUUAAGAUGCAGAUAAGAGAUUCACUUGAUAUUAUUAUUAAUGCUGCUCUGAUGCACUACAUUACGCAACGCUCUGUUUGUUGUUAGGAAGACUAAAAGUUCAGCGGUCUAGCUCAUCAAUGUCAAAAUUAUUAAGUUAACAAAUGCCUGGUAAAAUGUAAGUAGGUCAUUUAAUAUUUGACUGUUUUACAAUAGAAAAGUUAAACUUUUUUUAUUUAUUUAUUAAAUUUUGCCUUUUUGAAUUGAAAAUAUGCUAUAAUUUCCUUGAUUCAUUUAUGUAAAUUAAAAAUAAAAUAUUAGUUGCAAAUAGUUACAAUUAUUUCACUAAUACAACAAGCCUUUCUUUUUCUUUAUUCCCUUAAAUUGCUUUAAUAAUUAAUUAAUUACUUUAAAUAAAAAUACCCAAUUUUAGUUUGGGCUGUUACGUUACAACACACAAUACAGUGCCAGUUAGGAGAUUGAUCAUUUGAUUAGCUAAGCAGUCCUAUUAAAUCCAAUUCCUCUCAGACUUUUACUUUUUAAAAGAUGCACAGUUUUGUUUUGUUUGAACACUGGGCUUAUUCCUGUUGUGAAUUAAAAAAUGUUGUAGUGUGUAAGGGCAUGAUUAAACAAUAACUAAUGAAGUUUAAAAGUGUUUUUGUGUUUGUUUUUUUAAAGCAAUUCAUAUAUAGGGAUUCCAUGUAGGCCUACCCCUGCCACCCUGCCAAGACCUCUUGCCACCCCUUUGCCCCCCCAUGCAAAAUUUUCUAGAUCCGCCACUGGUGCAGGGAAGGCGUGACAAGAGCCGUGAUGCGUGGCCGGUGGCGUGAUCGAUAGUUGGAUCAGCUUUGCGCACAUUGGUCCCGCAUAUCUCACGGAGGAGUUCGGGAGCCUAAAAGGACGAAUCGUCAUGCUUGCUGGCGAGAGAGGACCGGGCCCAGAUGUGUUUAAAUAUCAUAUUCGACAAAUCUGCGUGGGAAUUACAUAAUACAUCCUACAAAAAAAUGAUGGGAGAAUAACCAUAAUGAUAUUAGCAGCUUUUGGACGGAGUGGGGAGAAGAAGGCCAUUUGGAAUAGACUGUUGCUGUCAUGUAAUGCCACAGACGACAACAGAUGCAGUUUAAAUAAAGGUGUGUUUGGUGUUGAUACAGAUGAAGUGAAGUUAGUGUCAGUGAAUGAUGGAGAUUCUGUUACUCUACACACUGAUCUUAAUGACAAACAGAGUAAUCCUGUGAUAGUCUGGAGGUUUAAAGGCGAACGCAUAGCAAGAAUGAACGGAGAGGCCAACGGAGAUCCAGUUUAUGACUCUGAUGAGAGAUUUAGUGACCGAUUGAAGAUGAAUCCUCAGACUGGAGAUCUCACCAUCACAAACAUCAAAACUGAACACGCUGGACUUUAUCAACUAGACAUCAGCAUCAAAGACACCUCCAAAGCGAAGACAUUCAACGUUGUGGUGGCUGCAUCCAGAGAUGCGUUUUCAGGUGCUCGAGACGAAUCAUGCGUUGGUGUUCUGCUGGUUAUCGCUGUUGCUGUUGUUGCUGGUGUGUUUCAACAUCAUCAGAUCGUCUAAAUCAAGAACACAGGAGGGUUCCAAUCGAGAAGUCUCAGAGAAUAAGUCUCAGCUGUUAUGAAUGAGUCUUUGAGGACUGGAUACACCAGCAGUUGUGACAUUCAGAUGCUCAACAAACUUGCCCUCCAUCUGUGAGCUUUCUGGCCUAUGUUGCAACGGCAAGGAUCAAACCAGUCCCCACCUUGGGGUACAAACAUUUCACGAUACAAAAAACAACACUAUAGCAGGCUACUUGAACACUAUUUUUAUUUAACUACUUAUUUAUUGUAGUAUAUAUUUGUAAUGCAAAAAUUCCACACUUUACCUGUCAAACUGGAGGAAUAGCUGCUCGAUGUACUUUAAUGUUCUGUUACUGUUUUUUAUUUGAAUUCCUUUGAAUACUUGAGCUUAACACUAUGCACUUUCUUAAGUGUUAAAAAAACGCAGUAUUACAAGGCAUUACAAGAACCUGAAGGACAUAUUUAGUGGGAAGUAUGAAUAGGAGAUUAUGUAGUGAAUGAUGUGUGCAUUAUCCUUUAAGACGGUCCGUACUUGAAUUGUGGGGCUUAGCACAACUAUAGUAGACAGACCUACAUCUCAAACACUGUCAGCUGCCACAUGAAGAACAAUCAAACUCUGUUUACUCCGUUUAAUGAAAAACACUGUGUCUUACCUUUAAAUGCCAAACACAUUACUUUCUAUUAGUAAAAGUGCUCUGAACGUUAACAAACAAUACCAGCUGCUUCCUAUAAGUCAUAUCAUCAUGGCUGUGAUAAGGUCAGAGGACAAGCCUUAAAAUGUUAUAUCACAGUCUUGUUGGUAUUAGUGCGGACUUUGACACUUUGUGAAUUUGUUAAUGAUUGUAUGAUGUCAGGUACAGUUUUUUUUUUUAUUGGGUUGACAGCUGUUCAUUUCAAAACUGUUCAAGUAAUCAUUUAGUUUGUUUGGGAAAUUUUGUCGUUUUUUCUGGGAAAUAAUGUAAUGUGAUACCAAAAGAAAUGUGAAUACUUAUUUUAGUACACCUCAAAAUCUAAAUCACGACUUCAUUAAAGGGUAUUACUGAAAGGGAGGGUUUACAAUGUGACCAUAGGUACACUAAAGGUGCUGCUACAAAAGGUUCUUUACAGUGAUGCUUCCCCAAAGAACCACUUAAAUGUGCCUCUCUUCCACAAAUUGGUACGAUUCUGUAUGGCCUCUAACUGCACACUCCUGCCAAAGCACUGUUUAUUAAUCACCAGCCAAAUGUCUGUAAAAUACUUUGUUUAAAAUUCCACAAUAGUCCUCUAAAACAACUUUGCCUUUACAUUAAAAGUCAAACGGCACACUAGAGUUUGGGUCACCGCCGUGUACAUGGCGAAACCGCUAUGACUCUUAAAGGGAAUGGGAGAUGAGACUCUGAUUGGAUAACUGCAUGUUUAGUCCAAAACACAGUAAUGACUCAUUAAGAGAAUAAGGAAAACCCUUUUAGACAAUCCGCUUGGUGUGCCAAAAUUAGCAUUAAGCAGAUGCCUUUAUCCAAAGUGACUUACAGACCCCUCAGGGAGCAAUAAAGCAAUAUGACAUACAGGAGCAAUAAUACAAUAUAUGCUAAUACAGAGUUACUAGUUUCCACAAACAACCUGUUGAGAGAAAUAGAGAUGGGUCAUUUUUUCUUCUUCUUUUAUUUGUCUGUCAUGUAUUCACAGAAGAGAUUUUAAGUAGUUUUUUAGUGUUGUAAGAGAUGUGGUUGACCGGACUGAGUUGGAAAGAAUGAAGAAUGUUCCACCAGAAAGGAGUUUUGAGCACUUUCGCAUCUGACUGCACUUAAAAGGAAUUGUGAAAAUUAAGCUAACUGCCCCAAUGUUAUUUCAUAUAAAAGAUAUACAUAUAUAUAACAUAAUGUCCACAACACAAAAUAAUAACUUUAUUUAGAAAAAGCCAGUUCGUUAGUUUACAUGCGCUGCAACGUAGAUAAUCAAAAACGAUAUGCAGUCAGUAUUUUGAACUUUUCAAACAACUUUUACAAUAUACACAUACAUUACCUUUUGAAUUUGAAAAUAAUAAGUGGUGCCAGUCGUUAUUAACGUGUUAUUAACAUUCCAGCAAUUGAAGCAUUUUCAUACAAAACUUGAUGGUAUUUUGAGCCAUCGGUUCAGAUUUUUAUAAGCUUGUUUUGUCUUUUUUAAGCUUUUUUUUUCAUUUUGCACAAAUGUAAAUCAAUGUUAUUAAAAGUUAAAAAUAUAAAAUAUAUUAUUUUCAUGUGCCCAUUUAUGAAGAAUGUGGCCCAUUAUGGAUGUGACAAUCUUGGCUGACUAUGAAAAAUGCCUUAGAAACUUUGAGACCUCACAUGGGAAUUUGAACCACCAAAUGUUGACCAAAUGCUGUUAAAACUGUUGGCAAAAGCUGUCUUUUUUCAUGGUAGGGUUUGUUAUUUUCAUGGAAAUACCCUAUUGUAAUAUUUUUUUUAAAUGUGUUCAAUAAAAGCCUUGCUGAAAGCCACAGUGCAGUUUAAUGUUUAUAAGACAUUUUACAAAGACAUUUUCAUUCUUAGUGUUUUUAAACUAAUAUAUCAUUUAGCUGUUAUUGUGUGCUUUGUUAUGUUAGAGUAGUUUUAACCGGUACAUGGUGUCAUGAAUAGCCGAGGGAAAACAAGGAGCGGAUCCACGUGCAGUAAAUUAUGUUAAAUAUGAUCCAAAAGGAACACAAAGCGUUUAAUCCAGGCAGAUGACCACAAGGGAAACGUACAUACAUACAAACAAUAAUACACCGAGAUAGCUGAACACAAUGAAUAUAUAUACACAGACGAAGGAACAAACAGGUAAUGAGACACAGGUGAAAACAAUACAUGAUAACAAGACAAAGCAUGAUGGGAACUGGAGUCCUUACAAAACACAGAGUGGAAUGGCGCCCUCAGGUGACAGAGGUGCCAGUACCAGGGCGGGACACACGGAAUAUGUAUAGAAAAAUUAACAUUAUUGAAGAGUUAUUUGAAGGAGUUCGUUAUUACUACAAACUUCAGAUACUUUUGUUAAUUUAGAUAUUUGAUGGGGUCUUGUCAUUGGUUUGUUAUUUUACAUUAGCCUUUUAUUAUUAUUAUUAUGUGUAAUUUUAUGUGCUGCAAUUUCUCUUUGGCCUAAACCUGUAUGUUGAAUCUGUCAUUCUAUUGGCAAAACCUUAAACAAGUUAAAUUUGCACAUAUCAUACACUUUAUUUUGCAAAACUAAACACAAUCUCUCUCAAAAAUAUUUGGAACAGUGAUUCACUUGUAUUACAAAAUGGUAAACACAGUCGGCAAAAGUAAAAAAAUAUAAGGAGGAUGAGCAUCCAGCACGCGACCCCAAGGCCUGUAGCCUAGUAUUCAUUAUUGAACUCAUGAUCACUAUAGAUUUGUUUACAAUGUUUGAAAAGUGUAUUGCUAUGUACAAACGUUUAUGCCCUGGAUGCUAUUUUCUGUUUUAUUGUGUGAUGAAUGAGUUGUUUAUAUAUGUUACCCUGACAAGUAUUUAAUAUUAUAAAUAUUGCAAACAAAUACAAAUAUGAACAUUGUCGGCCAGCUCCACACAUUUACAUUUAGUCGUAGUGUCAGUAGAGGUGCUGUUUUUCUCUGGUGCUUUGUUUGGCCUUUCUAGGAAGAAUGUUGAAUAGUUUUUAAAGGCUUAUUAUCUUUAAAGAUCCCAUUCCACGCGAUCACAUUUUCAACCUUUAGUUAGUGUGUAUUGUUGCUGUUAGAGCAUAAAUAAUACCUGCAAAAUGAUAAAGCUCAAAGUUCAGUGCCAAGCGAGAUAUUGUCUUUAACAGAAUUCACUUUCCAAGAACUACACAGAACAGCUGGAUCGGACUACAGCCCUCUAAUUCCUGGGUAUCUUAUGUCACUAUUCUGAGUGCUUUUAUUAACCUCCGCCCAAAGGAAUAUGCCAAAGAAGGGGCGAGGUCUUCCGCAGAGAAGAAGAAGAGCUGCUGGAGUAGUGUUUGGUUAUCAGAGAUCAUAAACAUUUGACAGAG